AUGUCGGAUUUAGACAGUGAAUAUCCGAGAGCAGAAAGUGGAAGACCAUUUCUACCAGAAGAAGAAAAAGAAUUUGUAAAACUCUUCAAUAAACAAAAAUUCAGACCUAGAACAGCUAUUUUAACAGUGUGGUUUGACUAUCCCAAAAACAUGUUCUUGCAACCGAUACCAGCUAAAGAUAAAAUCACUUUCACGAAUAAAGAAGGUAAAAACGAUUACGGUGACGGUGGAAUUAUAUUUGGCUUAUAUUUAGCACCAAAAGUCAAAUACAACAUCGUUUUGACUUCUGAUGGUGUUUUAAAAGAAAAGAAAACGUUUAAAGGUUAUUCUACUGAUAAGAUAAGUGUAGAAGACUACGUUCAGUUAGCAAGCGGACAUGAUGUGUUGAACAAAUUUAAGAAACCAUGGGAAAAAAGUUUCACCAAUGGAGUAGUUAUUCCAAAUGAUAAACAAACUAAAGUUUUUAGAAGUUAUUUGAAUAAUGUUAAAAGAAAACCACCAAACAGUGAAGGAAUUAUGUAUCCUUACAACGACAAAGAUGAGUAUAGUUUUGAUGAAAACUAUGAAUUUGAUGAUUUCGAUUAUCUUACUAUUCAAGAAGAGAAUGAAGAUUGUUUUAAAUGA